AUGCAUGUUAAAUGCACUUAUAAUGGAGUUCCAUUAUCCGAAAGGGAAUUCCCAAAAAAACUGGCUAACAGAGGGUAUUCAAAUAAAGAUACUAUUUCCAUUUCGUCUGAAGCCUUGGCACAGAUCAAAGAUCAAAUUUUCUCAUAA